GGGGGUUACCAUGGCAACGGGAACGCCUCGGCAUGAGAAGUGAAAGUGGAAGAAGAUCCUCACAUCAUGCCUUCAACUUUCCAUUCGGGAAAUGAGGCUCGCGGCCCGAAUUCAGACACGGGCGGAGAGAUAAGAAUAGGACAUAAAAACACAAGCUUUCAAAAAUGUCUGUAGUAUUGCUUGUGAGACUACUUCGAAAAGGUUGGUUAAAGCUAAACGGCAGCAUGAGGAUCCAUAUACGGCUUCGACUCUGGGUUGGAUUGGCGGCAACAUAUCUGGUUUUCAUGGGACUUGUUCAUUUGCUACACGUCCCUCUGAGGUCAAAUACUAUCCAUUCCCACUAUGAUUUAUCUGCCGAGGGUGUUGUGUCAAAACACCGUGAACAUAUGAGAAAAGAGGCAGAAAAGUAUGCUCGAGCUGCCAUGAAGGAACCCAGUGCAGGGCUAGAAAUGGCAGAACAAAUAAGAAUAUUGACGGAGACUUAUAAAAAGGCGGAUGUCAACUCAGAUGGUCUUCUAGAAAUCUCCGAACUGACAACUUACAUCAGCGCGAAAAUAAAAGAACAUCUGACUUUGGCGCUCAAGGAGAAUUUCUUCAUGUUCACAGCCAUCGAUUUGAAACCACGUAAUGGCAUGGUAUCCUGGGAAGAGUACCACAGGUACUUCCUCAAGCAGCAUGGCUAUGAUGAUAACUACAUUGAUAACCACAAGAAGGACCAUAAGGGCCUGCCUCGAGAACUAAAAGAGGCCAUCAUGAGAGACAAGGCGUCGUGGUCUCAAGCUGCCAGAGACAACCCAGAUCAGCUGACCAUUGAUGAGUUUUUGGCCUUCAGACACCCAGAAUCAUCCCAUGCGACAAUACUUAGCAUCGUAGAGGAAACCAUAGGGAGAUUAGAUGUUGAUGAAGAUGGGAAACUUACAGAAGAAGAAUUUUCUGACCCAACUAUGAAUGAAGUGCCUGAUUACUUGACUGAGGAGCAAUUCAGGCUGGAUCGGAUUAAUGAAUUCAGAGUUGCAGAUCUGGAUAAAAAUGGCAAAGUUGAGAGAAAAGAACUGUUGCACUAUAUCGAUCCCCGUAAUGUGCACCAUGCGGAAAAGGAAGCCGUGAAUCUUCUAGCCGCAGCCGACAGUAACCAAGAUGGAGUUCUUACUCUUGUCGAGGUGUUGGCUGAGAGAGAAAUUUUCAUGAGGAGCAAGAUGGUGGAUGCUGCAAAGAGCUUCCAUGAUGAAUUUUAAGGAAACUUCUUCAGAUCUCAUGAGCUUUGUAAAGUUGGUAAUCAAAGGACAUUAGCUGAUAUUAUAAAGGGUUUUAACCUAU